AUGCCUGUAAGCCUCGUUCGCGAGACCGACGUCGAUGUGCUCGUUAUUGGGGCUGGGCCAGCCGGCCUUAUGUGCGCUAAUGCGCUCGCAAAGGCGGGUGUGAAUGUUAAGAUCAUCGAUCAACGACCGAGUAAAGUUGCUGCUGGCCAAGCGGAUGGAAUUCAGCCCCGCACAAUAGAAGUGUUCCAGAGUUAUGGGCUCGGUGAUCGUCUCUUAAGGGAAGGGAACCAGAUGCACGUCGCGGCAUUCUAUAACCCUGGACCGCAUGGAAUUCAGUUGACAGACCGCGUACCGGAUGUUACUGCACCAACAGCCAGGUAUCCCUUCGAGGUGACUCUCCACCAAGGCGCCAUUGAAAGCAUUUUUCUGGACUCCAUGCAAUCCAUGGGAGUCGAAGUUUCGCGGCCCGUAAUCCCGACCCAGCUCGACUUAACACCGUCAAAGAUCGGGAAUGCGGAGGCUCAUGCUGCCCGUGUCACGCUGAAACACCUAGACGGAGACGAAGCAACAGAGGUCGUUCAAGCACGGUUUGUUGUUGGGACAGACGGCGCGCACUCAUGGGUCCGAAAGCGGUUCAACAUCGCCAUGGAAGGGUCGCAAACUGAUUACGUGUGGGGCGUCGUCGAUAUGAUCCCUGAAACAGACUUCCCGGACAUCCGCAACAAGAGCGCUGUCCACUCAGAGAAUGGUUCUUGUAUGGUCAUUCCUCGGGAAGGCGACAAGGUCCGGAUAUACAUCCAACUUGACGGCAAGGAUGGUGUCGUAGACGCGAGUAAUGGCCGCAUCGACAAGCAGCGAAUUACCCCACAGCAACUCUUGCAGGUGGCCAGCCGAUCAUUCCAUCCGUUUAUUUUCAAGACGCCGAAAACUAUCGACUGGUGGACGUUAUAUCAGAUCGGACAACGAGUUGCCUCGAAAUAUUCAGUCGAGCAGCGUGUUUUCAUUGCGGGCGAUGCAUGCCAUACACAUUCACCUAAAGCCGGCCAGGGAAUGAAUGCUAGCAUGAACGACACACAUAACUUGGCGUGGAAAUUGGUUUACGUGCUGCGAGGAUGGGCGGGGCUAUCGAUUCUCCAAACGGUGCAGCUGCUUUUUCUUGAUUCCUGUGCAACAUUUAACAAACAGCAGUAUGAAUCCGAACGCCGAAGAUACGCACAAGACCUUAUCGAUUUCGAUGUCAAGUUUGCCAGCUUGUUUUCGGGAAAACCCAGAACGGAGCUAAAUAUGGACGGCGUCUCUCAUCAGGAGUUCUUGCAGGCUUUCCAGACCUUCGGCGGAUUUACGAGCGGCAUUGGAAUUCGGUAUGAGGAGUCCCUGGUAGUCUCGUAUGCAAAUCAGCAAUAUGCAACCAAAUUGGCCAUCGGGCAGCGAAUGCCGCCUCAGGUUGUGGUCAGGGCGGCAGAUUUCCGCGCGAUGGAACUACAGGACCUCCUCCCAUCAGAUACACGAUUCAAGCUGCUUUUCUUCACAGGUGAUGCUGAAACGUCGAUGCUGGAGAAAUUGGCCCAGGGAGUACAGAGCAUUUUGGCCAAGUACGGCACCGUUGCGAUCGAUAUAAUUUCGAUUGUCAAGUCAAAGCGACCGAACUUCAGCUUCCUUGAGCUGCCCGAGGAGCUUCGUCCGCAUUGGUCAAAGGUGUUCUGUGACGAAAAGAACUUGCAUGGGACCGAGGGCGGAGAGGCCUAUGGGGCAUUUGGCAUCGACCCUGAUGUUGGGGCUAUCAUUUGCGUGCGGCCGGACGGAUACGUGAGCGCGGUUGCGCCAUUAUCUGAUCCAAGCGCGAUCGACAACUAUUUUUCGAGGUUCAUGGGUUAA